AUGGCUUCGCAGCAGGAGAGGUCUGAGUUGGACGAGAGGGCAAGGCGCGGAGAGACGGUGGUGCCGGGCGGGACGGGAGGCAAGAGCCUCGAAGCCCAGGAGCACCUUGCUGAGGGGCGGAGCCGAGGAGGGCAGACUCGGAAGGAGCAACUGGGGACGGAGGGUUACCAGGAGAUGGGGAGGAAGGGAGGACUGAGCACCAUGGAUGAGUCUGGCGGGGAGCGUGCCGCUCGCGAGGGUAUCGACAUCGACGAGUCCAAGUACACGACGAAGUCUUAA